UAUUUAACACGUUUCUGGGAACAUCUGUUGCUUCAAUGAAUUUAAUACAAAUAGACGAACUUAAAAAUAAUUACAGAGCAUUGAACAUUGUUGACCUUUGGGAGAAGGUUGGGGUAGAUGCUAAAAUUAAAAUCGGCAUAUGCCCUAUGAAAAAUGCUGUGCACACACGGAAUUGGUACAGUGCAGUAAAUGUUCAAUGAUGGCCACUGAAAUAAAUGUGACAAUUUCUAUUGUUUGCCAAGAUUAAAGAAAAAACUAAGGAAACAGCGAAGCAUGGCUCUCAGCAAUUUAUUUUCUCAUUCUUCACCCAAAACUAAAUUUAAUGGCAGUGUUGAACAAGGCCUGCGAUCUUAUAAGAAACUCAAAUACUCUUCUUCUUCGCUUAUUUGUGUGCGAUGCCACUGCUCUACGACUUCCUUUUCCACCCAACUAGAAAUUCGCACAGGAGGAGAAAGCAAGUUCUUCCAUGGAAAUGUGGAUGGCAUUGCUGUACAUCGAAGUGUGGUUCGGUUAGGCUUGCCCAGCAAAGGUCGAAUGGCUGAAGAGAUCUUGGCUUUGCUUAAGGAUUGUCAGCUUGGAAUUAGACAGGCUAAUCCUCGACAGUAUGUUGCACAUGUCCCAGGGCUUUCUAACUUAGAGGUGUGGUUUCAACGGCCAAAAGAUAUUGUGCGGAAACUUAUGAGUGGGGAUCUAGAUCUUGGUAUCAUUGGAUAUGAUACAGUCUCUGAACACGGACAGGGAAAUGAGGACUUGAUUUUAGUCCAUGAUGCUCUUGAGUUUGGACAAUGUCGCUUGUCACUUGCAAUACCAAAUGAUGGGAUUUAUAAAAACAUCUCUACAUUGGAUCAUUUGGCAGCAAUGCCUCAAUGGACUACAGAAAGGCCACUCCGAAUUGCCACAGGGUAUACUAAUCUAGGUAAAGCAUUUGCAAAGGAGAAUGGUCUAAUCCAUGUAACAUUUUUGACAGAAGAUGGAGUAUUGGAAGCAGCUCCUGCGAUGGGUAUAGCUGAUGCUAUAUUGGAUCUGGUGAGUAGCGGAACAACUUUGCAUGAGAACAAUUUAAAGGAAAUAGAAGGUGGGCUGGUUUUGAAUAGCCAGGGUGUAUUUGUUGCAAACAAGAAAGCUUUGGUUCAGCAUAGAGAUGUAUUAGAGAUUGCACAUGAAAUGCUUGAAAGGCUGGAAGCACAUCUUAAGGCAGUUGAAGAGUUCAAGGUAACAGCUAAUAUGCGAGGCAGCUCGGCACAGGAAGUGGCUGAAAAAAUAUUUAUGCACACAGACUUCCAUGGGUUUCAGGGGCCAACAGUGGGUCCAGUCUAUUGGAGAAACAAUGGAGAAGUACGGACUGGUUAUUAUGCUAUAAUGUUAUGCGUACCCAAGCAGAGUCUUUACAAGUGUGUUCGCCAAUUGAGAGCUGCUGGAGGUAGUGGGGUCCUGGUUUCUCCUUUAACAUAUAUUUUUGAUGAAGAGCCAUCUCGAUGGCGAAAGCUACUGGAUCAAUUGAAUCUUUGAGAAUCUUGUACAGUUAAAUUAAGUUUUAUUAAGAUUCUCUUUGAAAAAUUUCCAAAUGACAAAAUAAAAGCCAUGACAUGAUUUAUUUAUUUUUUCGAAGGGAGAAAUUUUAUUAUAAAUUUGAAAUCAAUUUGUAAUAUUUGGCUGCAGAACAUACUCAAAGGUCCUACUGAAUCUUGAAUAUAUUAAUUUCGACUGUUUCAAGCCUAAGGUUUGGAAUUGAUAACUGAAGAGUUCUUAUGAUUUUUGGAUUUAUGGAUUAGCAGUUACAGUGAUUACAAUGAGGUUUGCCAUAAAAGCAUAUUGAAUUUCAUGGGGGAUAGAGCCAUGCCUUGCAGUUUCA